AUGCUAAAAUCUGGAUGGCGACAAUCAACUUUAAAAACUUACAAGUCUGCAUGGAUGCGAUGGGUUCGUUGGGCAGAGCAAAAUCAUGUUAACCGUAAUGAUCCACAAGGAUCAGACUUAGCACGCUACUUGAUUGAUUUAUCUCAAAAAGAGGGUCUGUCUUAUAAAACUAUACUCUUGCAUAAGUCCGUAGUAGCUACACUCAGUAAUACUAAUUCAUCAUGUUUGAGUUCUCAUAUAUUAGUCAAACACGCUUUGAAGGCAAUUUCUUUAAAAUCACCAGUUCCAGGAAAACCACCUAUAUGGGAUGUUUCCCAUUUAUUAAGCUAUUUGUCUAACUGUCAAAAAGAAAACAGUAGUUUGUUCAGAAUAUCCCAGCUAACUGCUAUUUUAUUAUUGCUUUGUUCUGGAAGGCGUGUACAUGAUUUGACCCUGCUCGAUGUCACACCCCAGCACAUGAUUAUAAAAGAAAACUGCAUAAUCCUUUGGCCGCGCUUUGGGUCAAAAACUGAUUCCUGUGAUUAUAGACAGUCUGGCUGGAAAAUUAUUGCAAAUGAAAAUUGUCAGUUAUUAGACCCUGUUUAUUGGAUAAAACAAUUAGUAAAUGCGUCCCAAUCAAGGAGACUAGAAUGUAGUCAAAGAUUACGCAAUGCUCUAUUCUUAACAGUAAGAGGUGACCCUAAACCUGCCUCUCGCACCGUGAUCGGAGGCUGGGUAAAAGCCUUACUCAAUGAAGCUGGUAUUAAAGCUACUCCUGGUAGCGUCCGAGCAGCAGUAGCUUCUAAGAAUUGGGUGGAUAACUUUCCUUUAGAUUCAAUUCUAGCUCAAGGAAAUUGGCGGUCAGCAGAAACUUUUCGCCAAUUUUAUCGUCGUGAGAUUAUGCAAAACAAUCUAUAUAAUGAAAAUAGAAAUAAUAUUAGCAUUUUAUUUAAUCCAGUCUAGCAGCACUUGCUAAUUAAAAUGAAUGAAUAUGAAAGUUAACAUGUUUUAAUUUACACUACGCAUACGUAGUAAUAUUGUUUUAGUUUUGUUUGAGAAAAUAGAACUUUGAAUGAUUAUACUUAAGUCAAGACUUAUAUAUACCUAUAUAAAAUAAAUGAUAUUUUUGCAAUUAUUUACUUUAACUUCCCCUCUAUCAUACAGCCUAUCUUCUCAGAAAUAGCAUUUCCAGUGUGUUCUCGUCAAUUACAACGACAUCACAUUGGCGCUUUCCACCGCCAGGCGAUAACAAACACGUCUCUCAUUUAUUUAUAGGCUUCGAAUAGCGUACAGUGUUUAAUAUGAGCGUUUUACCUUACAAUAAAACGCUUAUUAAAUACUUACCUAUUCGAAGCCUAUACAAUAAUACCUGCCUGGCUCAUAAACGAGACACAAUGAGGCAAGAGCCACGCACAACCUAAUACGUGGCCUGCCUGUGGCGGUGGGAAAGGAGGGGGUAAAUAUCGGUAAAUCAAGCCGGAAACACGACAGAAUACGGAAACGGAAGUGCCACUCUCAUUUAUUUAUAGGCUUCGAAUAGGUAAGUAUUUAAUAAGCGUUUUAUUGUAAGGUAAAA